AUGAAAAUAUUGGGAUAUUUUGUCAAUACAUGUAUUUUAUCAGUUUCAUCGAAUGACAGUUUAGAAGACAAGAAUGAUGAUCUUGAAAUGGUCGACUUAAUUAAUGCAGCCAAAAUAGAAGCUUACACUGAUUGGUGUCUCAAGGAGAAACAAAAGAAAAGCAGAGAACUAGUAAAAUGGCUUAUGCCUCAAGUAAAAAGCUUGUUAAAAACUAUGUUUCAUACUGGAACGGCAAGCCUAAGAAACAAAAUGUUAGCAACUGAAAUGCAACAAGAAUUACUAAAUCGCUCAAGGGAAGGUGAAAUCAAUGAAGCUGACAUGCCCAAGGUGUCGACAAUUUCAAACUGGAUAAGCGGCUUUUCAAGAACUUGGAAACGAGCAAUGGCAGAACGUUCUUUGGAGGAAAAUAAAGUUGCAAAUUCAGAAUAA